AUGUUCCCGGACGCGGCGGGGACGACUGCGGGCGAGCGCGCGCCGCCCUGCUUCUUCAAGAGCGCCAGCGGCGGGGCGCCCACCAAGCGCAUCGUCGUGCUGAAUACGUGCUCGGAGAAGAAGGCGGGCGGCGACUGGGAGGGCGGGUUCCUGGGGCUGGGCGCGGAGGAGUCGCUUGCCCGCCGUUCCAACCUCGUGCAGUGCCUCACCGCCACGGAUCCAAGGAAUCAGCAGCUCACGAGCUACUACCCGCUGCCGCAGACCGGCGGGAUUUACUCGCCCAGCACGGUCGUGCUGCGCGGCGGCCACGAGAAGGACUACGCGCUGUAUGACGAGCGGGACUGGACGGUGAUCAGCGUGAUAUCGGCCGCGGCGGUGCGCAGGCCAAAGGUGGACGAGACCGGCAUGCGCUAUAGCUUCGCCGAGGAGAAGGAGCUGCAGAAGGAGAAGAUGAAGACGGUGCUGCGCAUCGCGGCGCAGAACGGACAUAUCAACUUGGUGCUGGGCGGGUUCGGGUCGUGCGGGCCCGGCAUCGGAUCCUGCCGCAUCGGUAUCGGCGCUGAUGGUUACUUGACCGGCAACCACGGCUACGGCGCGGAUCACCACCACACGCCGCCAAGGAGUCAGGCGCUUUCGGCGACUACCAGCGCUUACAAGAACCCCCUGAAGGACGUCUGCAAGCUGUGGAAGGAACUGCUGUUCGAUGACCCGGAGUUCCGGGGCUACUUUGCCAACGCCGUGUUUGCCGUCAGUGGCGGUGAGGGCGGCGGCCAGAGAGAGUUCAGGAAAUACUUUGGGUAA